CCUGGUUCAGUUGCGUAGGAGUGCAUCUGCAUUGACCUGCCGAAUGGGUAUGAUAUCUGACGUCCUUCCGGCAUUGCCCCUUUCGGACGCUUCGCGCUGCCCCCUUUUCCCCACAGGCACCCCACGACGGGGGAGGGAGAAAUUGAAACCCGCGAGGCCACGGAGCCCGUGCAAGCUCAGAUACCAGGACGGGACGGGCCUCUAUGGCGCCAAGUCGUGAGCCUGAUUCGUCGCAGUAGAUGCCGCCGACGAUGGAACGACGGUCCGGCCGAAGACGAGCAUGAGACUCCAAGCGGUGGGAGAAUCAACAGUGCAUGAUGGCACCGGGUUCCUCUCCUACGUCUUCAUCUCGGAUGUGAUAUCACUUCUCCUUACGAAAUUCUUCCGUACUGGCACACAACCACCGCCGAGAUCAGAGACCAAGAGACACGCAAACCAGCCCUCGUUCCUCUUGCCCUUCCUGCCCACCAUGAAGAACUUCGUCAGCGUUGCCGCCGCCGCGGCGCUUGCGGCCAACGGCGUCUCGGCCCACUACAUCUUCCAGCAGCUUUCGUUGGGCUCGACCACGUACGCUCCGUUCGAGUACAUCCGCCAGAAUACCAACUAUAACUCGCCCGUUACAGAUCUGACAUCGAACGACCUGCGAUGCAACGUCGGUGCUCAGGGCAGCGGGACGCAGACGGUGGCCGUGAAGGCCGGCCAGGAGUUCACGUUCACCCUGGACACGCCCGUCUACCACCAGGGGCCGAUCUCCAUCUACUUGUCGAAAGCGCCGGGCACCGCUGGGAACUACGACGGUAGCGGCGAGUGGUUCAAGAUCAAGGACUUCGGCCCGAGCUUCUCCGGCGGACAGGCGACGUGGCCCAUGACCGGCUCGUACACGUACCAGAUCCCGUCCUGCAUCGAGAACGGCGAGUACCUGCUGCGGAUCCAGUCGCUCGCCAUCCACAACCCGUGGCCGGCGGGCAUCCCGCAGUUCUACAUCUCCUGCGCGCAGAUCAACGUCUCGGGCGGCAGCGGCAGCUACAACCCCCAGACCGUGCGGAUCCCCGGCGCCUUCAAGGAGACCGAUCCGGGCUACACCGCGAACAUCUACAGCAACUUCCAGUCGUACACCGUCCCCGGCCCCGCGCCCCUGACAUGCUAAUUCAACUCCUCGGCUGACCCCCUCCGGGGAAUCUGGUCUCUCGACUUUUGGAUACGGGGGCUUGGGCAUGACCGUGGUGGGGUGUGCGCCAGACAUUACACACCCCUAUAUAUAGCAUUCAUUGUAUAUAACUUGUCGAAGUUGGUCGGCGUUGUAGCAUUUUAUAACUCGCUAUAGCGCCAGUGGGUUUCAUAUAUACACAUAUCUUAUCUAUUCAUGCAUAAACGAAGGGAAAACGUGAUGUAUUAUGACCGUUCACGCAAUACCAAGAA